GGCAGCUCUGUUUUUUUGGGUGGCCAUUGGUGCUCUCUGCCCCUCUCCCUUGUUGCAGUAUGGGGCAGUGAGGAAUUAUAAAACAGCAUGCAGGAGGAAGAGGGCUGCCUCUAGGAACUGGGUCUUUUGCAGAUGCCGCUUUAAAGCACCCACCAGCUCUUUACCGUACUGCUGUUUUUUCCAGGCAACGCCACACCUCCCGAGGACACUGGGGACAUCAGGUUUUUUGCUGAGCUUAGCAUCUUUCCACCAUCAUAGAGAAAGCUUCAGAUAGACACUGAUCUGCCCUGAAGUAAAGAGCUGUAACAGCCAUCAAGAGGCUUUUCCUCCUUUGCCUGUCCAAUCUCACCCCAUUACCAGACCUAACCUGCACAAUCUGGAGAGCUACCCCCCCCCCACCCUUCCUACGAUGACUCACCAUUAUUUUGAACUUUGAAGAGAGGAACUUAUGGGGAUCUUGGAAGCCUGUAUCUCUCUCUAGGAUUUCCCCAGAGUCAAUUAAUCUGUGUCACUAAGAGACACUGAGAUUUGCUUCUCCAGCAGGCUAAAAUAUUUCCCCCUCCCCGAUCAUCCCUCUGCAUUUUCAUGAGCCACUUCCAAACCUACGAACUUGUCCUUUCCCAGGAGAGUAACCUUCCCCUGAACCUGAUCCCAGCACUGGGCAGCCGGAAGAGUUUAGAUUAAGGAUUGCUUUUAAACCUAAAUAUGACAGUUGCUACUGGAGACCCCACAGAUGAAGCGGCAGCUUUGGCAGGUCAUCCUCAGGACACCUAUAACCCUGAAACCGAUCAUGAAUGCUGUGAGAGGGUGGUCAUUAACAUCUCGGGGCUGCGGUUUGAAACACAACUCAAGACGCUAGCUCAGUUUCCAGAGACCUUGCUAGGGGACCCUAAGAAGAGAAUGAGAUAUUUCGAUCCUCUCCGGAAUGAAUAUUUCUUUGACCGAAACAGACCCAGCUUUGAUGCUAUUUUGUACUACUACCAAUCGGGUGGCAGGUUAAGGAGGCCUGUCAACGUGCCCUUAGACAUCUUCUCGGAGGAGAUCAGGUUUUAUGAACUCGGGGAAGAAGCCAUGGAGAUGUUCCGAGAGGAUGAAGGAUACAUUAAGGAAGAAGAAAGGCCUUUACCGGAGAACGAGUUUCAGAGACAAGUGUGGCUGCUCUUUGAGUAUCCAGAAAGCUCAGGGCCCGCCAGGAUUAUAGCUAUUGUCUCUGUCAUGGUGAUUCUAAUCUCCAUCGUGAGCUUUUGCCUGGAAACACUGCCUGUUUUUCGGGAUGACGAAGACCUGCAUGGUGGUGGGAUGAGCCAUCACCCCUACUCCAACAGUACCAUGAGCUAUCAGCAGUCGACCUCUUUCACAGACCCUUUCUUUAUAGUAGAGACACUUUGCAUCAUUUGGUUCUCCUUCGAGUUCUUGGUAAGGUUUUUCGCCUGCCCCAGCAAGGCUGGGUUUUUUACCAACAUCAUGAACAUUAUUGACAUUGUAGCUAUCAUCCCGUAUUUCAUCACUCUAGGGACCGAACUGGCUGAGAAACCAGAGGAUGGCCAGCAAGGCCAACAGGCCAUGUCUCUGGCCAUCCUUCGAGUCAUCCGCUUGGUGAGAGUUUUUAGGAUCUUCAAACUGUCCAGGCACUCCAAAGGGCUGCAGAUCCUGGGGCAGACACUCAAGGCCAGCAUGAGGGAACUAGGUCUCUUGAUAUUUUUCCUCUUCAUUGGCGUCAUCCUCUUCUCCAGCGCCGUCUACUUCGCAGAGGCUGAUGAGAGCGAGUCUCAGUUUCCCAGCAUCCCAGAUGCGUUCUGGUGGGCUGUGGUUUCCAUGACCACAGUUGGCUAUGGAGACAUGGUCCCCACGACCAUCGGUGGGAAAAUAGUGGGCUCCUUAUGCGCCAUUGCAGGUGUAUUAACGAUUGCCUUACCAGUACCAGUCAUAGUGUCCAACUUCAACUACUUCUAUCACCGCGAGACGGAAGGAGAGGAGCAAGCCCAAUAUUUGCAAGUGACCAGCUGCCCAAAGAUCCCUUCUUCCCCUGACCUAAAGAAAAGCAGAAGUGCCUCCACUAUUAGUAAGUCUGAUUAUAUGGAGAUACAGGAAGGUGUAAAUAAUAGUAAUGAGGACUUUAGAGAGGAGAACUUGAAGACAGCCAAUUGCACCCUGGCUAACACAAAUUACGUUAAUAUCACCAAAAUGCUAACUGAUGUGUAGUCCUGAAAACCUGUUGACAUAUUUAAAGCUGAAGUUGAACAAUUGCAGAUAUUGCAUAAUACCCUGCAUUGUAGUUAAAACAGUAUGUUCUACAGCGUGCAUUUGGUUCUGCAUGGGAAGCAAUAGUUGUGUAAGUGACUUUCUAAACUUCUUAUUUAGACACUGAAUAAGCUUUCUUGCAAAAAUUGUUUUUUUACAUCACAGGUUUAUGGGUUUCCAGAGACAUAGAGCAUGUAGGCAUUCAAAACAAAAUUAUAUCACUUGCAAUCCCAAGGAUAUUGAACAAAAAAGUCAUUCGAGAAACCUCAUGUAAACAACAGUACCCACAAAUGUCAAGCAGAAAAAGUGUUUCACUGCACUCGACACAUACAAAAAUAUAUCCCAAGGAAAUAGCACACAUCUAGCUUCCAAGCGUAUGGAUUCAUAAUGAAAAGGUCAUGCAUAGUUUAAUUAAAGGAACAUACAUCCAGGCGUCCAAAUUACUUUAAGGCUCAGAUUUCUGCCUUGGAAAUGCCAACCAAGAAUACAUCAUGCAGGCUUGUGUUUCAUAACUGAAAAUGCUGCAUGCUGCAAUGGUUUCAUCCACUGCAGUAUGUCAGUGUGAGACCUAGGGGAGAGAGAAUUAGCAUGACAGAACACUAUUUAUUAAAGUCUUAAAUUUUCUAUGCCGGCGAUAGGAAGGGACACAUAAACAAAUCAAGAGCCUGCUUUUUAUUUGGGUUUUUUUUUUAGAUGACACUUCCAUCUUCACUAUCUCCAGGGUCACCAAAGACACAUCCACUGACACAUUCAAAAUGAGUUGAAAAAGCAUCUUUUUUUAGAAUACUGGAGCAAACUAUGCUGUGGCCUAUAAUAUAUUUAUACUGCAGUGAAAUUUAAUCAGUAAUACAGUACUGCUGCAUGGAUAUUUGUUGCAUGACAAUAUUGAAUACACAUACAAAUAUAUUUUUUCUUAGUAGACUAUACAGUAUUCAUGUUUAUAGUGUUUAUAGAUUCUCCGAUGACUUGAAGGAGAUUCAUGGAAGUAAAAAGAAAAACAAGGCUGGAUUAGGGCAAGGCAUGGGCUGACUAAAUUUGAGAAGCAAGGCAAAGCUUUCUGGGUGCUUCCUG